AUCGGAAGGACGGCAAUGAUGUGGAGAGCAAGCCAAUUUAUUUCUAUGUGGAUACGAAGCGCGCCUCCUCCCGCUCUGCACUCUCCCUCCCCUCGGCCCCCUCCAAUGCCGCCACCCAUGGCGCUGCCCCUCUCCUCCGCCACCACCACCCUCCGCACGCUCCCGCCCUUCCGCCCUUGCCUGCCCGCCGCGCUGCGCCUCCCCACUUCCCGCGCCCGCGCCCGCGCGGUCUCCGCCGGUUACGCGGCGUCCUUCUACGGCGGCUCGGCGUCCGCGGCCGGCAGCACCGGCGACAAGGAGGUUGGCGACGAGGAGGGAUCCGCCGCGAGGUUUGGCGCCGGGCUGGGACUCGGCGGCGGCGGCCUCGGGAUGUCGGCCGCGGAGGCGGCGCUGGUUCUGGAGGAGCGCGAGAUGCCGCCCUGCCCGCCGGGGCUGCGCCAGUACGAGACCAUGGUCGUGCUCCGCCCCGACAUGUCCGAGGAGGAGCGCCUCGCACUCAUCCAGCGCUACGAGGAGCUGCUCGUUGCCGGCGGCGCCAUGUACGUGGAGGUCUUCAACCGGGGAGUCAUCCCACUGGCCUACAGCAUCAGGAAGAGGAACAGCCGGACCGGGCUGCCGUCCACCUACUACGACGGCAUAUACCUCCUCGUCACCUACUUCACCAAGCCUGAGUCCCUGGACGCGCUGCAGCAGAGGCUCAACGCCGACGACGAUGUCAUCCGGUCGACCAGUUUCAAGGUCCGCAAGCGAAAGGCCUUUUAGAUUCCUUGGUCGGCUUCAACGGCUUUGUAAGAAUGGUUUCAUCCGGACUGAAAAGCUUCAGGUUUUGAAAUGUUCAUAUCAUACAAGAAUUCUGCCUUCUGGCGAGUAGAUGUAUGCCUGUCUGCCAUGGUUGAGAGAAAAUGCUGUCCUUUCUUGUUUUUGUGUUCUAGAAAGGCAUGCCUUCUUUCAUUCAGGCUACUGUUCACGAAUGGACUUGUGAAGCUGUA